AUUUUGCAGGUAGAACGAAACGGUCUGCUUUGAAGGCAAAACAAGUGUCUUUCGGCGUGAUAAGAGCGGCAAUCAAACGAUUUCAUUAUUUGUUGAACCAAUUGCAAGUUGAAAAAGUAUGCCCUAGAAGGAGUCGCUGGAGAGGCUACGUAGUCAUCGUGAUACCAGCGAUAUGCAGAAGCAAGAGGAGGUGCUGUCGCGCCUGCGCCAGAUACUAAACAUAUUUUUGCGCGAUAACUUUUCCACAACCAACAAUGUUUACUUUGAGAAGCUCCUCACGCACUUACAGGCCAAGGAGAAUGCAUAUGUACUGCAGGAUCCUUUUGUGGUCGAUUGGGUGGACAAGUGCAUGACCAUGGUUAUGGAGGACGUCGAUACAGUUCACCCGAAAGUAGUAUCUUUUAUGCUCAAUCUAACCAGCUAUCUGGCGGCCAACGAGUGGAUGAUCAUACGGUUGAGGGAGUUGGACAUUGUAAACAGAACUAUGAAAUUCUUACAAAUGGAUCGUUCCUACAGCCCCUCAAUUAAACUUGGAGGUAUUAGGCUCAUGAAGGGCGUCGUGGUUUAUAGCAUGGGGUUGGCUUUCCUGCGUAUUCAUCGCGCAUGGACGCUACUCAUCCAGUACUCCAACAAUGAUCAUACCUUGUAUGUGGUUCGGGAGGCCAGGCAACUGCUCUUCGAGAUGCUGUAUAAAUUUUGCGAUAAGCUUAAUGAUAAGGCCGUCACUCUGGAGUUGCUGGCCGAGAUCAUGAAGCCGAUUCACGAUAACCUGUAUAAGAAACACGAUGGCGAGGGUGAAGAGACUGCCAUUCACAUAAAGGUGGACGACAACGAACUGCUGCACAAGAUCUCUGCGACCCUGGACCUUCUCACCUACAUCCUGCAACAGACACUGGUGCUGGAAGAGCGAACAAGUUUAGUAGCCUUGCUUAAAGAGCACCACGAAUUCGAUUAUACGAUUUGGAAACUUAUUGAUAUGACGCACAAUCCAUACUUUAUCGAAAAGAUCUUUACCACUUUAACUAGCUACAAUUUUGCUCUGAUGAUGCACGAGAAGCUCCUAAAUCCAGACGCCACCGAACCACCGGAGGAGUUCACGGAAUUCGGCUUGGCCUUUUUUAACCACAUGAAGUUCUGCAUCACCCGUAAGGAUGGAAUCAGCUUCGUAAAGCUGGCGGAGAUCAAUCAUGUACUGUGGAAAAAGCUGGGUGCGAGAGCGCCAAAGGAAAUUGUCAUCCAGCAAGAGCGUGUCACAUUUGAAAAUCAGCUUAUUUGCUUUCAUAUGCUGCCUCUGCUCUUCUCCAUGAAGUAUGCAAAAACACUGGAGGCGGAAAACAAGGUCGAACUGUUCGACGCUUAUGUGGUUAAGCUCUUAGAGAUCUCCUGUGAGCAGACUUUGCGCCUUUGCUACAGCAUGCGCGACGCCUUCUUCACUCCAGACGGCACGGGCUUGUCUUUGGUGACCCCCGGAUUGGCCAACAAAUGCAUUCAUAGUUUGCUCUCGUUAGAGAAGGUCCUUGAUCGUGAACAGGCCGUCACCGUGUGCCAGGCUCUAUUGUAUGUCCUUCGCGAAGCUGUGGCUAUGAAUGCCAUUACUAGCGACUCUCAGGAUGAUUGCCACAGCGUUAGCAGCACCGGCAGUUCCUACCUGGAAAUGUAUCCUCGUGGCACAGAACUGGUUGUGAAUGAUCCCCAAGUACUGCACUCUGUCAUGGUGGGAUUGCGCACUCUGAUAGAGCGGUUUAAGAUAACAUGGAAGGAGUCUGUAGAGACCAUUGGUCUAGUCAAUUGCCUAGCUUUCGUUUUAGAAAACACCAAUAUGGAUGCCAGAUGUACGGUUCAGGCCUUGAAACUUGUUCAGCUAGCAGUGGAGCAUUUUCUUUCCCCAAACAUGGCUCUGCUAGUGGAUAACCUGCAGGGCUCAGCUUUAGUUUGUUUAGGCCCUAUCAUCGUUAAGCGAAUGCACGACACCAUGUGGGAAGUGCGUGACACCACUUUGGAAUUGACAACCUCCAUUGCUAGCAUCUCCCGCGUCAAGUUCCCCGCCUUCCAAAGGUUUUUAAUCGACUCGAAGAUACCUCCAAUAGUCUACGAAAUGGCGAAGAACGAUUCAGAGAGCUAUGUACGAGCGUCUGCCUUCAAGUGUCUGGCGGAGAUGGUCUCUAUAAACCUUUUAUGGGAGAAUGGCCUAAGUCAACUGGAUCUUGUGGAUCAUUUACUCUAUGUGAUGUAUCGGGAGAACGAUGAUAUUGUUAGAGCCGAAGCCCUUAUAACUCUAAGAAAGAUUUACGAACACCGAAAAAUCCAUCAAAAAUACAAAAACACCCUGUUUUCCACGCUUAACUAUUGUGUGGUAGGAGACCACCACACCGAAGUAAAGAUGAAUGCAUUGGAGUUUUGGAGGAGAGAGUUCUAUCGUCAGUUCACUAAUCAAGGCAUGAUUGACGGAGUCUUUCCCACUGUUACCUUCUCCAAGGAACAAAAAAAGAUUGUCACACUGACAGAGAAGGAGAUCCAGACUAGUAUCGCCAAGGUUUUUGCUGAGGUUCAGCAGUAUGGCUACUUUGGUGUAUUACUUAAGAGUCUGCGCGAUGAGACCUCGAAAGAAUUGUUGGCAUUCCUUAUCAAGGGCACAACUAUAAUGAUGGAAAAAUUUGAGAAAUACAAGGGUAUACUGGAGGAAAUUGAAAUGCGAUCACCAUUGGAUACGGAUCAGUGCUCGUUUAAUUUCCCAUCGGAACAGCCGACACCACCAACAACUCAGCCAUCAGGAAACAAACCUUCAAUAAAUCCCAGCGAAGCGGACGAGAUUAUUGAGGCGAUUCUCAAUUCGCAGGACUCUCAGCUUUUAGAGAAGGCUUUCGAGGCUCAAAUGCAGCUCAAUGCAGAUGAUGAACCUUCGAAAAAACGGCAUAUAGACGAGUUCUACUAUAAGCAGUUUGCAAUUCCGAUGCGCCAGUUCUUCGCGGAGCUAAAGGCUAUCAAUCCCGACCAACUUCUGAAACAACAAAAAGAGUGGUACGAGUGCGAGGAGAGUUUUACAUCGCUCUUGGAUGAUAUACUGAGCGCGAUAAAACGCGAUGAUGAGAAUAUGAUUUCGGAUUGCUAUUAAUCCCAGGCAGAGCCGAUUGAAAGUCACUGUGAAGUAAGCUUAAAGUGUUUUUUCCUAACCAGAAACUAUUUUUGAUAAAUUUGUAUGAGAUUUAAUUCCACUACCAAACAAUAAAAAACAAUUAAAUUAUUCUUUAA